GGUACACUCAAUGAGUGUUGGGUGUCCUUCACUCUGUGGGAUAAAGUCUCCAUCUUUCCCUCCAUCCAUCCCUCCCUGCCGUCGAUCUGUGAAGUCCCCGGCCAGGUCCAGCUGUUUGGACCCCAGUCACAUCCCUGUCCUUCCUGGGUGUCCCCACUUUCCCUUUCGUCUAUCCCCCGGGGACGAUUAAGACCUCCUCCAGCACAUCAUCCACCACAGACCAAGAGCCAGCUGCACUCAUCCUCUGUUUUUUAAAAAUAGGCUGGGAUAUCAACCUCUUCAGCUAAGAGACCUGGGGAUAGAGGAAUGUCUCCGCACUUCCCAGAUCCUUCAUAUCUUUGUGAAUCCUCUGAGUAAUUGUCUGUGUGUGUGUUUAUGUCUUUGCAAGUGUGUGUGUGUGUGUGUGUGUGUGUGUGUGUGAAGAUAGAUCCCGUAUUACUAGCUGGAGAGAGGAUUUUCUGUCCAGAUGAGAGAGUGGACUGAGUUGGAGAUGAGCUUUUCGGCAGGGGGGUUUUUCUCUGCCUCGGAUGGUUACUGCUCAACGGAGCAGCUCCAGUAUUACGACAUGCUGGCUGACCCUCUGGGCUACCCCCUACAGGACCCUGACCUUCAGCUGCUCCCUUGCAGCCAACAACAGUACAGCCCCGCCAACCUGCCCUUCUCCCUCUAUGGCUCUCCACCCUCUUCCACCUCCUCUCCAUCCUCCUCCUCCUCUUCGCAGCCCUGCCAUCCUUCGUACCACUACAGCCCUCAUUGCCUGGAGGCCCCCUGUGAUCCCAGCCUUGAGCCCCACUGUGGGGUCCAGGCUCAGGGGCUCGGAGUGGUAGGACUGCCCCUGGGGCGGAGGACACGGGUGGUGUCGGGUGGGAAGAGCAGGGGUCAGGAAGAGCUGUGUGUGGUGUGUGGAGAUAAAGCGUCAGGGUAUCACUACAAUGCUCUUACCUGUGAGGGAUGCAAAGGUUUCUUUAGGCGUAGUGUGACUAAAAAGGCUGUGUAUCACUGUAAGAGUGGCGGUGGCUGUGAGAUGGACAUGUACAUGAGGAGGAAGUGCCAAGACUGUCGGCUGAGGAAGUGCCGUGCUGUGGGAAUGCUGGCUGAGUGCCUUCUGACAGAGGUGCAGUGCCAGUCCAAACGACUGAGGAAAGGUUGUAAAGUCAGAGGACAUAAGGAAGAGGAGAACCCAUACAGCAAGAGGGUCAGCUCUACCAGCAGGCUACCGGGGCAGGCUUUGUCUGCCAGUUUAACGCGAGAACAGAAGUACAUGGUGGACAGGAUGGUGGAGGCCCAUCAACUGUACAAAGCACAGGACAGCAACCACUGCAGGUUGCUUGAGUGGUCGUGUAUAGAUGAAGGGGAAGGCAUGUCUGAUGUUGCGUCACCCCAACUGCAACGACUGCUGCAGUUUGCCAGGACAGUGCCAGGCUUUGACCUCCUGGAUUUUUCUGACCAGAGCUCUCUCUUGUCCGCCUCUUCGCUGGAGGUCAUGUUCCUGCUCUCAGCACAGCAGUUCUCCCACAACCCAACAAGCCCCAGUCCAGCCCUACAGAUUUUCAGUAUGUCAACACACAACUGGUUGAGAAACGUAGAGUCAAAGGAAAACAUCCACAGUAGGCCGCUGGUCAAUUCAGGAGGCAGCGAGGAUCUCUUCGGGCCGGUGCUCAACUUCUUCCACAGCAUGGCAACGCUGCGGGUGACGGAGGCAGAAUACACCCUGCUCACUGCGACAGCUCUGCUCUGCUCAGACCGUGCGUCCCUGCAGGCAGCCAGCUGCGUUGAGAAAAUGCAGGAACUGAUCCUGGACCUGCUGUCCAGGGUGUGCGGGGCCCAGGCUGGAGCUGCGCGAGGGGGACCGCAGAGGUUUGGUCGCCUGCUGGGUAGACUGACAGAGCUACGAACCCUUCGUCACAACUACCUCCUCCUGACAAGACGGCAGCCUGGACACUGACACAAGAGGACACACCACAAAUGGUGAAAACUACCACUAUCAUGUCGGGGGAGUUUCAUGUUUGAAUUGAAGGACUAGAUGAUCCGGUACGAGCUGAGCAGCGUUGGAUUCUUUGGUCUCACACACCAGUCUUCCACCAUGUUAACUUCGGUUCAUUCAGUACUGCGGUCAUUAUUGAAUUUUAGCUUACGAUGGGACUGAAAUGUGUUUGUGGAUUGCUGUAAUUUGUUUGGACAAAAUAUAUUUUAUCAGCCUUUUUUUUUUUUAAUAAGUGUUGUUAUGGCGUCACAACUAACAUUUACAACUAACAAUACUUUUCACAAUGCCGAAUAUUGGUAAAAUAAAAAUGAAACGCAGA